AUUUAAGAAAAUUGAAAUGGUUUGUUGAUGAAAUUUGAUGCAGACUACUUUUACUGUAUCAUAAGAAAUAAGUCUGGGACAUUUGAUUUGUUGAUGUUAGGCAUGCAAAAUGAAUAUGAAAUCUUGACUUGAUUUCAUAUAUAAAAAAGUGAAAAAGUUGAUAUAUUUAUUCUGGGAAAGUUUAUUGGAAUUCAGUUUUAUUGAAAUUUGGUAUGAGGCAUGUGAUCAUUGACUCAAUCAACACUUCCAUUAAAAAAUAUAUGGUCUUAAAACAGUCCCUAAGCAUCCCUUUUGUGGUCUUUGGUGAUAUGUUCCCAAUAUUUAAAUUGUUAAAAUGCAAUUAUAAUCACAGUAUUUCUCAUUGAGUUUGUGCUUGUAAAUGUUGUGUUUGUCUUACAGCAUGCUAGGCUACCGACCCCCCUUAAUUGAGAGCUUGUUUUAGCUCUCAUGUUUGCUACACCUAAAGCUAAAUACAUCUAGAUUUACUUUUAAUGAACCGGGCCAUCAAAAAUCGAUGUCAAUAUCAAACUAAGAAUGCAGGCCGAAAAGUUAAAAAAAGAAAUUAUUCUUGUUAAUGCUUAUAUACAUUGAGGGAAGGAGUGUGCUUUCUUAUCCACAGAGGUGCAAUGCCCCAUGAAAGUUCUCCAAUAGGCCUUCACACAACUAUGUUUAUCCCAGCAAUUGCAGGACAGGGCAGUGACAAACAGAGGAGAAAAUGGCUGCCAUUAUGUGAAAGUUACAGAAUAGUUGGAACCUAUGCUCAGACUGAGGUGGGGCAUGGUACAUUUGUGAGGGGUCUGGAAACUACUGCCACCUAUGAUCCCCAAACCGAGCAGUUUAUUAUCAAUAGCCCUACUCUGACUUCUACCAAAUGGUGGCCUGGAAAUUUGGGAAAAACCACCAACCAUGCCGUAGUCUUGGCCCAACUGUAUACGGGUGGCAAGUGUCAUGGUAUUCAUGCCUUCAUUGUCCAACACAGAGACAUGGAAACCCACCAGCCAUUGCCAGGCGUUGAGGUGGGAGAUAUUGGCCCUAAGUUUGGCUAUGAGGCAGUGGACAACGGUUUCUUACGUUAUCACAAUGUCCGCAUACCACGGGACAACAUGCUGAUGAGAUAUUCUGAGGUAACCAAAGAUGGUCGCUACAUAAGAAAGGCCAAUGAGAAGCUGACUUAUGGCACCAUGGUUUUUGUACGAUCUGCAAUUGUAAGUACUGCAGCAAAGAACCUGGGGGAGGCCUGCACGAUUGCUAUAAGAUACAGUGCAGUGCGGAGACAGUCGGAGAUGAAGCCCGGAGAACCAGAGCCACAGGUAUUGGACUACCAAACCCAGCAACACAAGUUAUUUCCCUUGCUGGCCACCAGCUAUGCCUACUGGUUUGCUGGUCGCUCCAUGAGGGAGACCUACCUGGAUAUUCAGGGCCAGAUCAUGGCUGGGGAUUUUAAGAGGUUACCAGAGCUUCAUGCUCUGUCAGCAGGACUGAAGGCAAUGAGCACCUGGGCAACCAAUGAAGGUAUCGAGACCUGUCGACUGUCAUGCGGUGGCCAUGGCUAUUCCCACGCCAGUGGACUGCCCAAGAUCUAUGUGGAUGCAACACCAGCGUGUACCUACGAGGGAGAGAAUACAGUGAUGAUGCUACAGACAGCAAGAUAUUUAAUGAAAGCGUGUGGACAAGCAGCCCAGGGGAAUGAGUUGCCAGGUUUUGUGGCGUACUUGAAUCAGAAAGGAGUGGACAGGUGCAUGAUUGGGGAUGACCUUAGUUUGGUCAGUCUGGUCUCUGCAUACCAACACAGGGCUAGAAGGUUAAUUGGUAAAGCUGCCCUGCAAAUGAAGGCCCACAUGGAGAGAGGCCAGCCCCAGGAGGUGGCCUGGAACCUGGCCUCUGUCCAGUUAGUCCACUGUGCCAAGGCCCAUGUCCAGUGUUAUGUGCUGAAGAACUUUGUGGAUUCCAUUGAACAAUACGGCCACCAUGAGGAUGUUGCCAGGGUGUUAACUCAGCUGUGUCAGCUGUUUGCUGUGGAUGGUAUCCUGAAUAAUGCUGGAGACUUUUUACAGGGUGGCUUCAUGUCAUAUGACCAACUGGACAAUAUGACCGCCAAAUUGCUGGACCUUUUGGCCGCCAUCAGGCCAAACGCCGUGGCUCUGGUGGAUGCAUUUGACUUCAGUGAUCACCUCCUUCAGAGUGUGCUGGGCCGCUAUGAUGGAAAUGUCUAUGAGAAUAUGCUAGAAUGGGCCAAGUCUUCCCCACUGAAUGACACACAGGUUCAUGAUUCAUACUACCAGUACAUGCAGCCAUUCCUGAAGGAAAUGCACAAGUCAAAGUUGUAAGGUUUCUCAGGAAAUCCCCCUGCCUUUCCAUACAUUCCAAGUGGGACUUCCAAGUUGGGGAUUAAUCCUCAGAGACUUUCUAAGUCACCAUUAACAAUAAACUAGGUUUAGCCCUUUUCCACUCAUUUUGGUGCUUUCCUCAGUGCUUUAGAAGAAGUGCAUUUCUGUCACAAUGAAGAACUUUAUUUUUUUUUUUUUGCUGAGAAAGAUGGAUGAGGAAAUGAGGCUUAAAUAA